AUGUCCCCUUCUAGAGUCUCAACAAAUAGCUAUCAGCAUGUCCUUGUUAAGGGUACUCCAUUUGAGCGCGGCCAGCAGCAUGGCUCCCAAGCAAGCACCAAGAUCCACUUCAACAUUUCAAAGUACAAGUCCUUGCCGUCGAUGCCAAGCCAGGACAUUGUUGACAGGUAUGUCCGCGAUUACUACAUCCCGGCCAUCGCGGCAGAGUUUCCCCGCGGUCUGGAGGAGAUGAGUGGAAUCGCCGAGGGGGCCAAGACGAGCCUCGAGGACAUUGUCAUGCUGAAUGCCAGAUACGACCUCUCGCGCCAUGUGCGCAACGAGCAAGGGCCAACUGAGUGCACAAGCAUGUCUCUCGUGACCAAACCGGCCGACGGCGAGGGCGGAGGUGUUUUUGUCGCCCAGAACUGGGACAUUUCGCCCUGGCUGCAGGACAACGACACCAUCAUCAUCCUCCACAGCAUCGACCCUUGCAGCAAUAAUGUCAGCCAACCACGUUCAACGAUUGCGCUGACAGAGGCUGGCCAGCUGGGGAGAUCGGGCAUGAACUCGCUUGGCAUGGCCGUCUGCGCAAACAGCCUCUGGUCCAGCCAGGACUUCUUCCCCGCGAUGAACGAGGCCAGCGGCAAGCCAGUGCUGCCCGUGAGCCUGUCGCGCCGCAUGAUUCUGGAUUGCGGCAAUGUCGGGCAGGCUCUUCGGACCGUGUCGAGAAUGUCUCGCCACACCUCAAACAACCUCAUGAUUGGCUGCAGGAGUGGUAUCACCAUGGACGUCGAGCUCACUCCCCACGACGCCUUCAUUAUCCACCCAGACACAAUCGACACGGUUUCCGGGCCGCUGCAGCUGUUGACGCACGCGAAUCAUUUUGUCUCGCCCGCCAUGCUGUCGCGGUCUGACAUCAAAGACGGCUAUGGCGGUGGUUCGUCGUUCUACAGAGACAAAAGGUUGUACCAGCGUCUCGCGCAGAGUGCGCGAGCUAGCAGUGGGGAGUUGGGUGUCAAAGACAUACAGCAUGCCUUUAAAGACCAUGCGGGGCUCCCAGAGAGUUUGUGCGAGCAUGCAACGUCCACGAGCACCUCGGUGACAGUAGCCUGUGUUGUGUAUGAUCUGAGCCGCUUAGAGAUGCAUGUCUCUACAGGGAAUCCCUGCCAGGGCAUGUGGGAUACAUACAAACUAGACGCAAAGCUGGAGGCAAAAUAA